CAGCGUGACACAAGCCUGUUUGGCAACACUGCCGGGUGUCAUGAUUCGAAACCGUUUUCUGCGUUUGUUUGCGUGAGCCUACUGUUUAUUGUUAUGGAAAAUAGUAAAAGGAAAAUGAUCUCCGAUGCACCAACCAAAGUGUGCCAGUAUGGAGGUGACUGCUAUCGUGUAAACCCGGUCCAUUUCCGCGAAUAUUCGCAUCCACACAUCGAAAAAUUACUUGCCAAGGCCACUACGUUCUCGAUGGUCGAAAUUCCGGACGAUGUCAAAGUACACAAAAGCGUGUUUGCCGAGCAGCUCAAAAUUGUAUCCAGCCUGUUUCCACAUCUUUCGUGUGAUUCGACAAACCUCGAAAAGAAACCGAAAACGGUGGAUGAAGCGUCCCAACCGCUUCCAACGACUUCCGCACUUUCGACUGGCGCAGUUCCGAAACCAACGGAUCCAAAACCUUCCAGCACCGGGAAGGACAACCGAAGCACGAUUGAAUCGCUGUUUGCCGAGCGUAGGGCGAAAAUGCAGGCCGCACAAAGGGACAAACCAGCAGCAACAGUGUUGGCGCCACCGAAAGCCGAACCUUCUGCCAGCGUCCCUUCGACCGAUACGGGCAUAUCCUUAAAGCAAGCCAUUCCACGCGACAUCAGCACGUACUUUCCGGUGGUGGCACCGCGGGGCCGUAUGGCGGAAAAGCUUGCGGCGGCCGCACCGUACAACUUUUUCCUCACCACCAUCACCGCGUCCAAGCCGACACACACGGAACCGCUUGCCGUAACGUUUCAGGAGCUGCUCGAUUCGAGCCUGGGUGAGCUGGAGUGUUCGGUGCAGAUGAACUUCAUGGUCGACAUCGGCUGGCUGCUGGCGCAUUACUUUUUUGCCGGGUACGAAAACGUCCCGCUGCUCGUACUGUACGGCGAUGAAACGCCCGAGCUGCGGAUGGUGUCGCAGAAGAAGCCGAACGUUACCGCCGUGAAGGUGGAGAUUAAAACACCGUUUGGAGUGCACCACACGAAGAUGGGCCUGUACGGGUAUCGGGACGGUUCGAUGCGUGUCGUCAUUUCGACCGCCAAUCUAUACGAAGAUGAUUGGCACAAUCGUACACAGGGACUGUGGGUUAGCCCAAGGCUGCCACCCGUUCCGGAGGGAUCUGACACGGCGUACGGCGAAAGUAGAACCGAUUUCCGCUCCAGUCUGCUGGCCUAUCUCGAUGCUUACAAGUUGCCCCAGCUGCAACCCUGGUUGGCACGAAUCAGAAAAACUGACUUUUCCGACGUAAAAGUAUUUCUCGUAGCUUCGGUUCCGGGUGGUCACACAAACACCGCGAAAGGUCCGUUAUGGGGCCAUCCUCGCUUGGGCCACGUGCUCGCUCAGCAUGCCGCCCCGAUCGAUGAUGCUUGUCCGCUGGUGGCGCAAAGCUCCAGCAUCGGUAGCCUUGGCCCGUCGCCCGAGUCGUGGGUGUUGGGAGAAAUUAUGGCCAGCUUCCGGAAGGAUAGUGCCCCGGUAGGCAUACGCCGGUUGCCAGGCUUUCGCAUGAUUUAUCCCAGCUACUCGAAUGUGCGCCAAAGCCAUGACGGUUUGCUCGGUGGAGGCUGUCUGCCGUACGUCAGGAGUACGCACGUAAAGCAGGAAUGGCUGAAGGACUAUCUGCACCAGUGGUGUAGUCGAGCGCGGCACCGAAACAAAGCGAUGCCGCACAUCAAAACGUACUGCCGCUGGUCCCAUCGCGGUUUGUACUGGUUUUUGCUCACCUCGGCGAAUUUGUCCAAAGCGGCAUGGGGUGUUUACAACAAGACCGGUCGGUUCGAAAAGCCGCUGCGGAUCAAUAGCUACGAGGCGGGUGUACUGUUCCUACCCAAGAUGCUGCUGGACGAAAACUUUUUCCCGAUGGAAGCGAACAAGAAACAUCCCCCGUUUCCGAUGCCCUAUGACAUCCCGAUCAUUCCGUACGCCCCAGAGGACACGCCCUUCUUUAUGGAUUACUUACAUCAGUGAUUUUGCGAGGUGGCAAACAAAAAAUCCGUUCAAAUAAUGCUCACUUUGUCUCGGUUUUAACUAUAUUUGUGUAAGGGUGUGUCGAAAACGAUGCUUCAAUAUAAUUGAUAUUUAUCAAACAUUA